AUGCAACCACUGUUUGCCUUUGUUGUUCAUUCACCUGUAGGCUAUGCCUGCGGAACUCCAAGGUCAUCCAUCAACACGCUUGAGAAUCAACAGUCACACCAACAGGCGACGACCAACCUGACCCAACAACAUUCUCAAAAAUCAAGGCGAAUUCGUCCAACUUGCGCGUCUACUCUGCCUCCAACACCAUCAUCGCCGAUAGAAUUUCGCAAGAGAAGUGUCACUUUAGAUAUUUGUGUAACGAAAUCGUUACUUUCCGAGGAACUCAAGACCAAAACAUUUCCAUCAAGGACAUUUAUCAAAGGAAUCAGAAUCAACAAAGAUAAUAAUGCUAAUAUUAACGGCAAUACUACAUAUGUAAGAAGUGGGAUCACGGGAACGCAGGGAGAGCCAACAAAUAAACCACAAGAGAAAGAGGAGAAACAGAUCACAAGAAGAUGUUUAAAGUUUAAUGAUGUACUCGUUGUCAGGGAGGCACGCUCUACGGAUAUAGAAUGUGAAAAAGAAAAGGACAUUAAGCAGGAGGAAACCAGCGACGAACCAAAUGUACAAAGAAAAUCAUACACGGAGAAUAAAGAUUAG